AUGGGGUUAAUCCAACGUCUACCACAAGACGUGGUGAAUCGAAUGGCAGCUGGUGAAGUGCUCGCCAGACCGUGUAACGCAAUCAAGGAGCUCGUCGAGAAUUCAUUAGACGCCGGUGCCACCGAAAUCAUGGUUAAUAUGCAGAAUGGGGGUCUGAAGCUUCUUCAAGUGUCGGAUAACGGGAAAGGCAUCGAGCGGGACGAUUUCGAUCUCGUUUGUGAGCGAUUCGCCACGUCGAAACUUCAGAAAUUCGAAGAUUUGAUGCACAUGAAGACGUACGGAUUCAGAGGAGAGGCAUUGGCUUCGUUGAGCCACGUGUCGAAAGUGAAUAUUGUUUCGAAGAGAGAAGAUGGGAAAUGCGCGUAUCAGGCUAAUUAUUUGGAUGGAAAAAUGCUGGCACCGACGAAACCAGCAGCCGGAAAAAACGGGACAUGCAUCACGGCGACCGAUCUUUUCUAUAAUCUUCCGACACGUCGAAACAAGAUGACAACUCACGGAGAAGAGUCGAAAAUGGUUCAUGACACCAUUCUUCGAUUCGCCAUUCAUCGACCAGACGUCUCAUUCGCGCUCCACCAGAAUCAAUCAAGUGAUUUUCGAACGAAAGGCGACGGAAAUUUCCGGAAUGUUGUGUGCACUUUGUUGGGAAGAGAUUUGGCGGAUACGGUGCUGCCACUAUCCCUUGAAUCGACUCGUCUGAAAUUCAAAUUCACUGGAAACGUAUCGAAACCAAUCGCCUCCGCCACGUCGAAAAAUUCUCAAAAUCGAAAAACGAGUCGUUCAUUCUUCAGUGUCUUCAUCAACGGACGAAGUGUUCGGUGUGAUAUUUUGAAGCAUCCGAUAGACGAAGUCCUUCAGAAUCGUUCUCUAUUCUGUCAAUUCGUGGCACUUCAUCUGGAAAUCGAUGAGACACGAAUUGAUGUAAAUGUGCAUCCGACGAAGAGUUCUGUGAUUUUUCUAGAGAAAGAGGAGAUUAUUGAGGAGAUUCGGGAGUAUUUCGAGAAGUUUGUCAGCGAUAUUUUUGGAUUCGAGCCAAGGGGAAAUGUGAAAGACGAGGAGGAUCAGGAGGCGGAGUUCUCAUUUUCACAAGUUCCGAUAAUCAAUAUGCAAUCGAUUAAAUCGAUCGAAGCGAUCAGAAGACCCUCUGUUUCCAAUGAAAAAGAAUUCAAACCAAGCCCAACAUCGUGGAAAACCGAAAAGAAACGAGUAGAUCACAUGGAAGUCCGAACGGAUGCAAAAGAACGAAAAAUCGACGAAUUCGUUGUGAGAUGUCCUGGACUGAAAAGACCUCGAACGGAUUCAGAAGACGUUUUUCGGGACGAAGAAGAAGACGUCGAUGAACGGAUUCAGAGGAAUCUAGAGUUCAAUGAUGAGGUGUCGAUGGUGUCGGUGGCGAGUACGGUGGAUAGACGAUUGAAUGAAUCACAGGAUUUGGGGGAGGAUGAAGAGUUGGAGUGUGCGACAACUCACCGUGAAUUCCAAUUCGAAUCCCUCGAAACUCUCCGCAAACAAAUCGUCUCGAAUGCCUCCCUUUCCCUCCGUGAACUCAUCAGAACCAGCACUUUCGUCGGCUCAAUCGACCCGGAGACCGUCCUGAUUCAAUUCGGCACUUCACUAUUCCAAAUGAAUUUCUCCGCGGUUCUCCGCGAAUUCUUCUACCAAAUCUCCAUUUUUUCAUUUGGAAAUUAUGGAUCGUAUCGGUUGGACGAUGAGCCACCGGCAGUCAUCGAACUAUUGGAAUUGAUUGGGGACGUGAGUAAAACCGAUGAGAAUUAUAAGGAUUUCGGAGUAUUCUGUGAUGAGGGAGCGAGGAUCGAAGCAGAGAUUUUAUUGGCUCAACAUUCGGAGUUGCUUCAUGAUUAUUUUGCGAUUAAAAUGGAAUGGAUUGGCGAAAUACCAGAUGAGAGGAGACUCCACGUCACAGAGAUUCCGUCGCUUGUCCAUCAUUAUGUACCGCAACUCGAAAAACUUCCAUUCCUCAUCGCCUCUCUAAUUUUGGACGUCGACUAUGAUGAUGAGCAAAAAUGUUUCGAAUCGAUCUCUCGUGCUAUCGGAGAUCUCUUCACAAUUCACACUCAUUUCAUAACCGCCGAGAAGAAGGUGUCAGAAUUCUCGACGAUGCACUGGAAGCCACUCAUCAAACAGAUACUAAUGCCACUUGUCAAACGGAAAUUCAUCCCUCCCGAGCAUUUUAAGGAGCGGGAAGUUAUUAAACAACUCGCAGAUUCUCAUGAUUUAUACAAAGUUUUUGAGAGAUGUGGAUCUUGA